GUGUGCCGGUUACUUGGAUUUUUUUACGGAGACGAGAAAAAAUGGCGGAAGAUUGUACUGACGGUGAUUAUCUUGGAGCGUACAGCCGUUUUUUCUCAGAAUUCGUCGCCAGGGUGAAUCCGCACGAUCAGCUGCCUGUUUCUGUGAGCUCAUAUAAUGUAACCGAAGCUGAGAUCGUUGGUGAGAUCAUCAAUGUGACUCUACAGUACCUCAAUCAGACGCAAUGUCCACCAAGUUUGCAAGCACACUUGGUUCAUCAAGUAAUUCAGGAAAUUAAAUCCAUGUGUAAGAAGCAGCCAGAAGAUUGUGGAUUUAAAUCCCAAGAAAAAACUUAUACUUCGCUAAAAUUAAUGCAAGCUAUUACUGGCAAAGUUAAUGAGAUAUGUAUUCGCUAUCUGGACAAUAGUAGAUUGGCACUAUUGCCACCUCCUCCUUCAAUACCAUUGCCACAAGCAGUAGCUGUUGGAACUAAAAAUUGUAGAAGAAAAAUGGAAGAUCGUCAUGUAGUUUUGCAUGACUUACAUACUAUAUUUGGUAUUGAGCACGAUUCAACAGCAAAUUACUAUGCAGUAUUUGAUGGACAUGCAGGUCAAGAUGCAGCUGUAUAUUGUGCUACUCAUUUGCAUCAGUAUUUAGCAGAGAAUAUAUAUUAUCCUACUGAUCCAGAGCAGGCUUUACUCAAUGCUUUUCUUACCACAGAUGCACAAUUUAUAGAGAAGUCAGAAGUACAAAAAGUAUGUGGUGGAACUACUGCAGUUUGCAGUUUAAUAUUAAAUAAAAAUUUAUAUGUUGCCUGGGUAGGAGACUCUACAGCUACACUGAUAAAACGUGACAGUGUUGUCCAAUUAGUGAAACCUCAUCGACUUAAUCGUACAGAUGAAGUGAGAAGGAUAAAAAGAAUGGGAGGAGUAGUGCAGUAUAGCAUGGGGACGAUGCGAGUUAAUGGAACACUAGGCGUUUCAAGAGCAAUAGGUGACGUGCCGUACAAGCCAUUCGUAACAGGGGAACCUGAAAUUAAGACGAUUCCUCUGGAUGGAACAGAGGACUUCCUGGUUCUUGCCUCUGACGGAUUAACAGAUUACUUAAAACCCGACGAAAUAUUGACUAUUCUCUACUUCGAAAUACAACAAAAUCCAAACGGGUAUAAACGCGCACCCCAGAUCCUGCUGCAGUGGGCGAAGCACUUAGGUUCGAAGGAUAACAUCACGGUGGUUGUGGUCCUGUUAACACCAGCCAACGAAAUAGCAGCCAGGUCUCAGAACAACCAUUGGUACCAUCGUUUACAAGUGUGUUAUUUAUUCGAAAAAAUGAAUUCGAAGGAUAAACCGUUCCUGGACAUCGACGACGCGCACAACGCGACCAACUCGAAUAUCCUGAAACAGACGGUGAUCUCGCAGGAACCACACGACCGCGACCGCGAUCGCGACCGCGACCACGAGGACGACGGUAUCCUAGCGGCCAGCAAUGGGAAACACGAGAACGGCGACGCGGACUACGACAAUUCGGAUCUAGGGCCCGAGACUGUCGUCGACGACGGCCCCGUCUACGGCGGCCUCAUCGGCGAUGCCCUCGUCGACAUGAUGGUCGCGAGAUUUAUGCCCGUCCUGGAUCAGUGCUUAGGACUUAUCAAAGACAACGACUCGAAUCACGACCAAAACCAGCCUGACAAAGACUCGAACGUUCUCGACGACAUAAACGUCAACGAAUCGACCAAUGCCAACGUUAACGCUAACAUUACGCACGAACCGCUAACCGACGCUAUUUCGCAUAAGGUCUACAAGGACGAAGUCGAGGACAACGACAACGACGAAGACGAAGACGAGGACGAGGACGAGGACGAGGACAAUGAAAAAGAUAAGAAGGACGAUAAGAUGGAUAAUAAUAGUGUUCCCGAUGAAUUCGCGAUAUUUAACACGAUCGAAAAGAACCAAGUCUGUGAGAAUGUCCGCGAGGAAAUGGAUAACGAAAUUCGCGUACAGCACGGAGAGAGUGUGAACGAUGAAGAAACACAGGUGGAGAACGAUCAGCAAACUGGCGACAUGCUAAAUGUCGCCGAUGAAGCCGAGCCAAUGGACUAUGAUGAUUCUCCGCCCUCGCCGCAAGCUAACAAACCUCUUCAGCAUGCACUGAUUCAUGAAGCGGAUAAUGUAGCGGACAGCGAGGACUCCGAAGACGAGUGGAACUACUAUCGUGUCGAUCCUAAUAAAGAGAAGGGCUCUACGGUCCCUAUCGACAUACCCCAGGAAUCGAAAAACGAGGAGGAAGAGACCGAGAUUAUUCCAGAGCUUCCCGUCGAUACCACCGAUCGCAUGUUGAAAAUCCAGUCUCAGGACACAGAAGAAGAUAUUAAAUGCGAAAGUCCAAAAACAGAGACGCCUGAGCUUAUUAACACAGAGAUUAGCGCCGAGGACAAAGCAGUAAAAACGGAAGGGGAGGAAAAAGCUCGUGAAGAGGAGCAGGAGAAACCGAAGGAUAUGGAUUUUCAACUGAAUCCUAACGCGGCUGAGUUUGUACCAGUCUCACCACAGUUCUUGGGAGGAACAAGAGUGAAUCUCGUCGAGGAUUAUCCCGUUUCUGGUUCACCGUUCAAACAGGUGCCGCAGAUGGACGACAUUCAGGUGCCCAGUCAGAGCGAGUUCGAGAAAGAAGUAUGCCAACGACCUAGAGAAGUCGAUGUCGACGUCGAAGUCGAGGAAAAAGAAUACCAAAAUGGCGACCGUUUACAGUCCACCGAUUACACCGACUUUCUAUCCGACCAACAAAAAUCAGUUAGUGUUACCGGGAAUUUGGACGAUUCCGAAAUUUCGUCAACGAAAGCGGAAUUCGGCGACGAAUCAGCAGCCAGCUUCUUAACAACCAGCGAGUUUCACAGAACCGGUAUUUCCACGGUGGACGAAUCAUUCUCCAGUUCUGAACGUGAUUACGACAUCGCCAAGGACCCGAUGGCCAUGUCCUUCACGCCCAGCGACUUCGAGGCUGCGUUCGAUAAAGGCGUCGAUCUGAACGCCGUUCACAAUCUGAGCAGCACCGAUUUAGAAGAGAAAAAUGGCAACAUCGAGGAUGAAGACAAAAUCGCAGAACAAUCUUCUCUGGAGCUGCAACUCGAGACUACCGAUCUGAUGGUUGUUCCUGAAGCUGAAGAACCAACAGAGGAAAAGCCAGCACUUCCAGAAGAACCCACUGAACUGGUGAACCUGUCCUUAGAGCAAGAGAAUAAUGAAGAAACCACUUUCAUCGAACACGCGGAUAAAUCGAAGACCAGCACAGAAGUCGACGACUUACUGCAAUUGCAACCAGAGCCUUCCCAGAUCGAGCAAUUAGAAACCGCGAGAUACGACCACUCUCCUUUGACCGAGAAUUACUCCGCUGAAUUAGAAUCCGAGAAGGAACUCAUCUCCGUUGACAACGAACAACCUCUGUCACCUUCCAGCGUAGACAUAGAUGAGACCAAGCCCAUAGACGAGACUAGCGAGGACGCUAUCCUUCCCGAAAACGAUCUACAAAAAGAAACUUGUCCAAGUGAAGCCGAUACCUCCUCGUCCUUGUCACCGGUCUCUGGCUCGGUAGAAAACGAAUCGGUCGAUCCUACGAAGAACUCAGAAGUUCUAUCAUCGUUGCAUCCGGAGGCUCCCGAGUUCAUGCCUCGACAAUUUAAUCUCCAAUCUCUUGACGCGGAAACUAGUAGCGAGAUUGGUCAAUCGACUCCUGCGGAAGCUGCCGAUCUUGGCCGAACAUCACCCACAGAAACGACCAACACUUAUCAGUCAUACUCUGUGAAAACUGACGACGAUACGUUCGAGUCAAUUCAGCCUGCAGACAUGCAGCCUGCAGAUGGAAAAGAGAUAGACGAGGCAGUAUGCACGAAGCCACCGGUACAGGAGAACUUACUGGAUUUUGAGGAAGAAGCAGAGAUUUCCACGAAACCAACUCAUAUUCAAAGUGAAUUUUCACAACCGCCUCUUUCUCCUCAGCAAUUGGAAGAAGAAAAGAUUCCACACAGCUUCGACGAUCUUGUUUGCCCCAUCAAGAAACCCGUCGUCGACACCGACGAACAGAAACCGGAAGAGAUAAUCGAAUCGAAAGAGGUUCCAGAACAGACAACCAUUAUCGAGAAUAAAACAGAGAACUUGUUGGUGGGAGAAAUGGAGCCCCUAGUAGUGCUAACAAAAGUUGAGCUAAUGGAUUUAGCGAAAGAGGAACCUACUUUGAAGUUAUCUGAAUCCAUGCAAGAAUUUACAGGUUUGGAAAACCAAUUACAGCCCGAAACAGAAGAGACUACUACUACUACUACUGCAGAACCUAGCGUUGUUGAAGAAAUUCACGAGGAAGUAAAGAAAGAAGAACCGAAAUACGAUGCGGCAGAAUUGGAGGAACUCUUAAAACUUGAAGUUGAGAAUGAUCUUUGUGAUAUAGAAGAGAAGGAAGAAGUCACAGAAUGUAUACUGGAAGCGGAAAUAAUAGAAGCAGAAAUGCAAGAACUAGAAAUCCAAAAAUUAAAAGAAAAAGAAUUAGAAACGAAUGAAUCAGAAAUUAUGAAAGAAUUGGAAACGAUGGAAUCAGAAAUGGUGAAAGAAUUAGAAGAGACAGAAGCAGAAAUGGUAAAAGAAUUAGAAGUAAAAGAACCAGAAAUGGUAAAGGAAUUAGAAGUAAAAGAACCAGAAAUGAUGAAAGAAUUAGAAGUAAAAGAACCAGAAAUGGUGAAAGAAUUAGAAACGAAUGAAUCAGAAAUUAUGAAAGAAUUGGAAGCAAUGGAAUCAGAAAUGGUGAAAGAAUUAAAAGAGACAGAAGCAGAAAUGGUAAAAGAAUUAGAAGUAAAAGAACCAGAAAUGGUAAAGGAAUCAGAAGUAGAAGAACCAGAAAUAAUGAAAGAAUUAGAAAUAAAAGAACUAGAAAUGGUGAAAGAAGUAGAAACGAAUGAAUCAGAAAUUAUGAAAGAAUUGGAAGCAAAGGAAUCAGAAAUGGUGAAAGAAUUAGAAGAGACAGAAGCAAAAAUGGUAAAAGAAUUAGAAGUAGAAGAACCAGAAAUGGUAAAGGAAUUAGAAGUAAAAGAACCAGAAAUGAUGAAAGAAUUAGAAGUAAAAGAACCAGAAAUAGUGAAAGAAGCAGAAAUGGUGGAAGAAUUAGAAGUGAAAGAAGCAGAAAUGGUAAAAGAAUUAGAAGUAAAAGAACCAGAAAUAAUGAAAGAAUUAGAAACGAAGGAAGGAGAAAUGGUGAAAGAAUCAGAAGUGAAAGAGCCAGAAAUAAUGAAAGAAUUAGAAACGAAGGAAGCAGAAACAAUAGUAGAAUUAGAAACAAAAUACCCAGAAAUGAAGGAAGAACCAGAAGUGAAGGACAUAAAAGUCGAAGAUAGUGUUGUCGGAGCUUCUGAGAACAAAAUCGCCGGAGUAGCAACAGCAGCAUUGGUCGCAGCAGUCGCGACAGGUGGAACUGUAGCACAAAGCAAAUCAAAGGUAAAGACGACCGGUGCGAAAGCAACAACAAAGACCACUGGUCAGAAGGCUCCACCAAAAUCAACGCAAACGUCCCCUUCGAAAAGUGCAAUUUCCACAACACGAACGUCCACCGCGACAGCAAAGAAACCGUCGACCACCGCGCCAGCUCGCCCAAAGGAUCUAGACGCUCCAAAGAAAUCAACAGCUUUGAGCUCGGCGAGCAGCAACAAAACAUCGACUUCCGUUCCCAAAUCCGGUUCGAAGACAACCACUUCAACUGGCACAACGAAAACAACGACUAGGACAAGCAGCGGUGCCGUCUCUAAACCGAAACCCACCGCAGCAGCAGCAGUAUCGUCGAAACCGACUGCCAUCGAGAAAAAACCAACCGCGAACGGUGAUGUGAAGUCUUUGAAUAAAGCAACUGCGACUAAACCAGCAAGCAAGGCACCAUCGACGAGCAAAAGCGCGCUAGUCAAGACAUCAAACCCGCGACCGACCACUGGAUCAACUGCAACGACGAAACUGAAACCCACCUCUAGCAGUACAGCUACCAAAUCCAGCACGACCGCUAAAUCGAGCACUAGCAACCCCAGUACCACCAGCAUCACCGCUACGAGCACGACUACCGUGAAAGCUAAGGUAACUCCAACCGUUGGAAACGCGACAACAAAGCCUCGUACGCCGACCACCACCAAAUCUCCGAUGAUCGAUAAACAAGUGAAAGAGACAGCUAACAAGCAAAUCUCUAUGGCGCGAACGAGUACCGGUGCUUCCAAGACAUCCAGCCGUUUGUUUACCAGUAGUUCCGCUACGACCACUACGAAACGCGUGUCCUUAACGACAAAGACCAGCACGACAGCAUCACCGACCAAAAAGACCACAGCGGUAUCGAAGGUUUCCAGCAAGAUCUCAACAGCUGGUAAAACGAUAACCGAGAAAGGGAAGAUUAUGCAAAACGGCGUGUCCGACAAAGUCGAAAUAAACGCGAUAUUUGACGACGUGCCGAAGAAAGACCUUUCGCCUGUGGUUGCCCCGAACGACAACCAGCUGAUCAUGAGCUCCGAUUAAAUUGGCAACGAACGCAACCGAGUUUCAUCUUAGCUUUAUGUCGAUCGUACACAUUACGCACCGAUAAACGUUGUUGUCCUUUCUUCACCGGGGAGAAAUAGAGAGAGAGAGUGUGAGAAUGAGUGAGUGGAUGAGUGAGCGAGCGAAUGAAUG